AAGAAGAGCGCAGUCGGAAGGGCAGAGCUCUGCCGGAGAAGGACGGUUCCGUGGCCAGCUGUGCGCUUCGGUGGUUAGAAAGAUGCUGACCAUUUUCUCCAACGUGUUGAGAGCUUGUACUCAAAGAAAUGGAGUUGCAGUGGUCAUGUCGGCACGCACCUACACUGACUUCACAACCCAGGCCAGCUUUGAGAUAAAGAAAUGCGACGUCCACAAGCUGGAYGAAGCCCCGGCCACGCAGGUGGUUAUGACUCGUGACGAGGGUCUGCAGUAUUACCGCAUCAUGCAGACUAUGAGGCGGAUGGAGCUGAAGGCCGAUCAGCUGUAUAAGCAGAAGAUCAUAAGAGGGUUCUGCCACUUGUAUGACGGACAGGAGGCUUGUGCUGUUGGUAUUGAAGCAUCUAUUAACCUGUCGGACCACCUGAUUACUGCGUACCGUGCCCACGGUUACACUUACACCAGGGGAGGAACUGUGAAGGAGAUAAUGGCUGAGCUGACUGGCAGAAGGAGCGGUAUUGCAAAGGGCAAGGGAGGCUCUAUGCACAUGUACUGUAAACAUUUCUACGGAGGAAAUGGAAUCGUUGGAGCUCAGGUUCCUCUGGGUGCUGGCGUGGCUCUGGCCUGCAAAUAUCAGGGCAAGAAUGAGUUGUGUGUCUGCCUGUAUGGUGAYGGUGCUGCCAACCAGGGUCAGAUUUUUGAAACCUACAACAUGKCGGCUCUUUGGAAGCUGCCGGUGAUCUUCAUCUGUGAGAACAACAGGUAUGGGAUGGGCACAUCGGUGGAACGAGCUGCAGCCAGCACUGAUUACUUCAAGAGAGGAGAAUUCAUUCCUGGGCUCAGGGUGGACGGCAUGGAUGUCCUGUGYGUUCGGGAAGCAACCAGAUUUGCAGCUGAUCACUGCCGAUCCGGGAAGGGCCCGAUUCUAAUGGAGCUUCAGACGUACCGCUAUCACGGCCACAGCAUGAGUGACCCUGGCAUCAGCUACCGGACCCGUGAAGAGAUCCAGGAGGUCCGCAGCAAGAGUGACCCCAUCUCUUUGUUGAAGGACCGCCUCCUCAGCAACAACAUGGCCAGUGUGGAGGAACUAAAGGAGAUCGACGUGGAGGUGAGGAAAGAGAUCGAAGACGCCGCUCAGUUUGCCACCACAGACCCCGAACCCCCUCUGGAGGAACUGUGCAAUCACAUCUACCACAACAACUCACCCACCGAGGUACGCGGCACCAACCCGUGGGCCAAGCUGAAGUCUGUGAGCUAAAGUUCGGGCAUCGCCUCGUCCUUAAAGCCGCACACAUGAUGCACCGCAAAGUCAAAACGCCAACCGAUAAUUUACGUCCACCUUGAAACGACAAGAGCCGCGUUAACAAAGAUGUUCAGAGAAAUGAACGAGUGUGAAAAAAACAUCAAAACUUUUGUAUAUUUAUUUUAUUUUUUUCCCCCUUUAGCUCAUUUUAUUUAAACUUUUCUGCAGACUGUUACAGUUAAAGAAGCUACACCCUGAAUGUCAACCUUCCACCUCAUAGUUUAUCAGCUUUCACAGUCUGCACUGAUAUUUAAAAAAAAGAAAAACAGUUAAACUCAAGUGCAUUUUUUUGUCAAGUGUUGCCACAAUCAAGUUAUUUUACUAAAGUUUUCAUUUUUUCCUAAGUAAACGUCACAAUAAGCCAAAUUACCGUUUUAAAGUUUGAAUUUUAAAUCAAUUAAACCUUUUAAAUCGAUUGAACUCAUUAUUUCACCUGGUAAACUUCUAAAUAAAAAYGCAAGCUUCUGUUUUUCAGUUUUGUUUUGCUAGCAUUAAGCAUUUAUUGGAAUAAAAUCUGGCUCCUUGGGAGUAUGGGUUGCACAUUCUGUAUUUGGUUUUUGAUCUUAAGCUCUGAUUUUUAAGGGCGGUUCAGUAAAUAUCAUCUGCAACUCUUUGCCACAAAAACAAYCCAGCCUGUAAACAUGUUGUACUCUGUAAGUGAUAAAUAAUUCACCUUGACCUGAUCGCUUUGUGUCGUCUUUUCAUGUUCUUGUUACGAGGUUUUGCCAAAAACGCAGAAGGGAAAAAGCUUAUUUGUUUCAGCCAAUGUAUUAUUCAUCUAAAUCUACUCUCUCCAAUUAAAUGUGCCUGACAGA